UCCUUGUUCAUCGGUGUUUCCCCACCUCUAUCGCAAAACCAAUUUGUUUAAAAAAACAGAGGGCCUUCGGAAAAUCGCCGCUUCUUUAAAAAUGAAUAAGAGCACUUAGCGCUCGAUGCUCUGCAAAACGCGUGCAACGAGUGACCAUGAAAAUGCGAGCGAGAAAUUCGCGAAAAUCAAUGAAUAAAAGCCAAAAACCAACAGCAACAACAACAACAGCAACGAGCAGCGGAUCAUAAUAACUAAUAAUACUGUUAAACCAAGUGAAAUUCGAGGUUGGAAUUCGUUAUGCUGCAGUGCCCAUCAUUGGAUUAAAAACCGGGUGGAGAUCCAAAAAUCCCCGCCUCCAGUGUUUAACCCUCGCUUUUAGUUUAACCCCCUGCCGCCAGAAUGGAUGGUCAGCGGGCCAGGGAUUUGCUAACGCUUCUGCAGGAGCGCGUCGUCUUCUUGACGGGCGGACGGGAUCGGAGGGGCGGGCCGCUCCUCUGUUUCCCGGCCACGCCCCGCAGGGAUCGACUAAAGCCAGAGGAUCUGCGGCGACUUCUCAGUUACCUGAUCAGCAUUCCCAGCGACGCCGCCAAGAACCUCGGAUUCACAGUCAUCAUCGACAUGCGCGGCAAUGGCAACUGCUCGACCAACGUGAAGACGAUAUUGAAGGUGCUGCAGGAACACUUCAGCGCCAAUAUCCACAACGUGGUGAUCAUCAAGCCGGACAACUUCUGGCAGAAGCAGCGUGCCUCGAUCUCCUCGCACAAGUACAAGUUCGAGACGACGACGGUGUCGAUCGAGUCCCUCAACAAGAUCGCUGAGAGUCACCAACUGACGGGUGAUUUCGAGGGUCAGCAGCCGUACGAUCAUCAGCAGUGGACGGACGCCCGGUUGGCCAUCGAGGACUUCUUCUGGCAGGCCGGUGAUAUGGCCGAUCGCAUCGACGAUCUGCAGGAGGACCUCAAUCGCAACGAUUUCGCCGAGGACGUAACGCUGGCCAGGCACGCCAUCGAUCAUCACAACGAGAUGCGCAAGAAGAUCACCAAGCUGCCCAUCGAGGAUCUCGACAUUCAGGGCAAGAAGCUGCUGGCCAAGAUCAACGCAGUGGCUCCGCCAGGCGGUCAGCCCCCUGCUGGUUCCGGAGGCUCGGACAUGGACUCGGGCACUUCCUCUGCCGGACAGCAAUCUCAACCCUCGCAGCAAUCUCGCUCGGUGAGCGGCAAUCCGGACAUGUCGGCCGCCGUGAACAAAGCCCUGCGGCAAAUCGACCUCAUUCACACCGGGCAGGAGAAGCUGCUGAUGCUGUGGCAGCACAAGAAGGUGAAACUAGACCAGUGCUUCCAGUGGCGCCUGUUCGAGCAGGACUGCGAGAAGAUGUUCGACUGGAUCCUGCACAACCGCGAUGUGUUCCAGAUGAGCUACGUGGAGAUAGGACACAACUACUCUGUGGCCAAAUCGCUGCAGGACGAGCACCAGAAGUUCGCCGUGGCCUCCAUGAAUGUGUCCGUGAACAUCGAUAGGAUCCUGGCAGUGGCAGCUCGGCUGAUUGAGAGCCAGCACUAUGCAGCUCAGCACAUUAAAACGCUGGCCCAACGCUUGGACCGCACCUGGAAGGACUUUGCAGCGGGCUUGGACGAGAGAACGGCUGUCCUGCAGCUCAGUGUUCUGUUCCAUCACAAGGCGGAGCAGUAUUGCAACAGCGUGGCCAGCUGGGCAGCCGCCUGUCAGGCCUCGCAACCACUUCCAUCGGAUAUCCAGAGCCUGGAGACGGCCAUCCGGACACACCAGUCUCUGUACGAAGCCAUGUGCCAGGCUUACACGGAGGUUCACUCCACCAGCAAGAAGCUGCUGUAUCAACUGGAUCACUUGGUGCAGGUCUGCAAUCAACCGCCGCCACCUGGUGUCCCGGAUCAUCGAAAGAAUAGCAACGGUGGCAGCUUUAACAAGUACGAGAGACAGAAUCCGGCGGCGGAUUACAGCGAGGGCGCCAGUCAUGUGUUGGCUGUGAUUCACCAGAUCCUGGGACACCAUCGCACUCUGGAAGCCAAGUGGCACCAGGAAAGAUUGCGACUGCACCAGACCCUAGCUCUUAGGCUCUUCCAGGAAGAUGUGAAGCAGGUCUUGGAUUGGCUGAAAAAUCACGGCGAAGUUUUCCUGCGGAAAAAUACAGGUAUUGGCCGGAACUUCCACAAGGCCAGGGUGUAUCAGACCUCGCACGAUAACUUCGAGAACGUUGCCCAGAACACCUACAGUAAUGCCCAGAAACUUCUGACGGCUGCCGAUGAGCUGGCCCGAAGUGGCGAAGCGGACCCCAAUGAGAUUUAUUCUGUGGCCAGAGAGCUGGAACUGCAAGUGGGCAGCUUUGCGGAGAGAGUGGAGCAGAGGAGACGCCGCCUGGAGAUGGCCGUCAUUUUCUACACCCACGAGAAGGACGUGACCGCCUGGAUAGAUAAGCUGAGAAAGGAUGUGAGCACGGACGAGACGCGGCUGUCGCAGGAGAAUCUCGAGGGCAUCGAAUGCAUAUUGCAGCAAUAUCAGAGGGACAAGCAGGAGAGCUCCGUUAAUGUCUGCCUCACGACGAUUGCCCAGGGUGAAGCUCUGCUGCAGGAGAUGCGUUCCCUGGAGUAUGCGGACAAUACUGGCUCCAUUGCCGCCUUGGAGGCCACGCUCGAGAAGCUGAGCAAACAGAAAGUGGAGCUGGAGGAGCUCUGGUCAGCCCGCAAGUUUCGCGCCGAUCUCAUCCUGCGCCUGCGCUACUUCGAGCGGGACGCCAUGGAGCUGUCUUCCCAGCUGGAGAUCUGGUCGGAGUCUCUCCAGCAUGCUGACCUCUCCAGGGACUACCAGAAGGCCGAGCAGCUCAUACGCAUGCACAACGAAUCGGUGACGGACAUGCAGAACGCCACCUACGAGAUCCUGCAGCAGGGUCAGGACCUGCUGCAGCUGUUCGAGAACGCUGGCUUCAUCUCCAUGGCGGAUAGCACGCACACGGCUCAGGCUAGGAUUGAAUAUCUGCUCGACUUCUUGCGCGAACGGGAGAUCGAUCUGGAGGAAAUGUCCGAGGCGAAGCGGGCAAAGCUCGAGCAAGCGGUGCAGCUAUGUCAAUUCCAGAACGAUGCCAACCAGGUUAUUUCGUGGAUCCGCAAUGGAGAAGCCAUGCUGGUGGCCAGCUUCGUCACACCGAACAGCUUGCAGGAGGCCGAACAGCUGCGCAAGGGUCACGAGCAGUUUCAGAUUGCCAUUGAGAAGACGCACACAUCGGCGGUGCAGGUUAAGUAUCGGGCGGACGCUUUGAUCAAUGCCAACCACUAUGACCCGCAAUCCAUCAGGGAGAUCAGUGAUGAUGUGACCAAGAAGUGGCAGCAGUUGGUUACCUACGCCGAGGAGCGCCACAAACUGGUGACCGCCUCGAUAAACUUCUACAAAACAGCCGAGCAGGUGUGUUCGGUUUUGGACAGCUUGGAGCGGGAAUACAAGCGGGAGGAUGACUGGUGUGGCGGCGGGGGAGGCAGCGACAAAGCUCCCACCAUCGUGCAGCUGAUCUCGAAGCAUCAGGAGCAGAAGGAGGCCUUCUUGAAAGCCUGUACUCUGGCUCGUCGCACGGCGGAGACUUUCCUGAAAUACGCUAAUCGAUCACAGCAGUGCUACCAGUACAAAGGAAACUGCGAAGCCCAUGUGAAGAGCAAGCUGGACAAGCUACUGACCCAGGAAAAUCAAGUUCUAGACUACUGGACGCUGCGCAAGAAAUCGCUGGAUCAGUGUCAGCAGUUUGUUCUCUUCGAGAGGAGUGCCAAACAGGCCAUCGAAUGGAUUCACAACACCGGCGAAGCGUACCUCUCCUCGAGAUCUAACUUGGUGGGCAUAAGCAAGGAGGAAACGGAGGGAUUGCUCAAAGAGCACAACGAGUUCCGCAGCACUGCCAAGGAGACGCGUGAAAGGGUGAAGCUGCUCAUCCAACUGGCUGAUAGUUUGGUGGAAAAGGGUCACGCCCAUGCCAGCGAUAUCAAGCAAUGGGUGGCGUCUGUGGACCAGCGGUACAAGGAUUUCAGCAACCGAAUGGACAGCUACUGCGAGCAGUUGGAGAAAUCCCUGGGCAUGUCCCAGCAGCAGUUACUUUUGGGAUGCGAUGGAAACAGCUCGAUAAGUUCGUCCUCGGGCGUCAGCAGUGGGGAUCGCCACUCGGAUCCCACGCUGGAAGCGAAGCUGAACAGCAGCAACAAGGAGAACAAGGAAAUAAACGAGGAGAAGCGCAAGUCGGCGAGGAGGAAAGAGUUCAUCAUGGCGGAACUCAUGCAAACAGAGAGGGCCUACGUCAACGAUCUGGCCACCUGCAUUAAGUGUUUCCUGGAGGAGUUCAGAGGUGGCAGAAAUGUGCCUCCUGCACUCAUUGGUCAAGAAGAUGUGAUAUUCGGCAAUAUUAGGGAAAUACACCACUUCCAUCAGAAGAUUUUCCUGCGCGAGCUGGAGAAGUACGAAACGAUGCCGGAGGAUGUGGGCCAUUGCUUUGUGACCUGGGCCUCCAAGUUCGACAUGUAUGUGCACUACUGCAAGAACAAACCCACAUCGAAUAAUCUGCUAGUCCAGCACGCGGGCAGCUACUUUGAGGAGCUGCAGCGGCGCCUUGAGGUGGACCAUCCCCUGCCCGCCUAUCUCAUCAAACCCGUGCAGAGGAUCACCAAAUACCAGCUGUUACUUAAGGAUCUCCUAUCCUGCUGCGAGGAGAGCCAUGGCGAAAUCAAAGAGGGUCUCGAAGUAAUGCUGAAUGUGCCCAAAAAGGCCAACGAUGCCAUGCAUCUUUCGCUGCUGGAAAACUGUGAUGUCUCCGUGGACAAACUCGGAGAAGUUGUGCUGCAGGACGCCUUCCAGGCCUGGGACACCAAGCAAAUCAUCCGAAAGGGCAGGGAACGACGUGUCUUCCUCUUCGAGUUGUAUCUCCUGUUUGCCAAGGAGGUCAAGGAGUCCAGCGUAGUCAAGUACCAGUUUAAGAGCAAGCUCAUGACCACCGACAUGGGCAUCACGGAGCACAUCGAGGGCGAUGAGACCAAGUUCGCAGUGUGGACUGGUCGUUCGCCCAUGCUCUCGGAUUGCAGGAUCGUUUUGAAAGCAACGAGCUUGGAAACCAAGCAGAUUUGGGUGAAGAAGCUGCGCGAAGUAAUGCAGGAGACCUGCUUCUCGGGUACCUCAUUGACCCUGCCAAAGUCUCCAGCCAAACACUCGGGCUCCUCGCAAAGAUCUUCUAGGGAUUUGGAUGAACAGCUCACCGAGAACGAUCAUGAUCGCUGCUCUCUAGCUAGUUUCGGAUCGGGUAAUACCACAGAUAGUGAUAAUAAGCUGGGCAACCAGGAGGCCACUUGGGUGGUGGCGGACUACAUCGCCAGCUCGGGCACCAAUGAGCUGAGCGUGAGCAAGGGCCAGCAGGUGGAGAUUAUCGAACCGCCCACCGCCGGCGAGCCGGACUUCUGCCUGGUGCGCCUCAAUCCUCAGCACGACGAUGCCGCCGUGCAGGAAGGACUCGUUCCUGUCUCAGUGCUCAAACCGCCGCCGGGCGCACACAAACACGGUUCCGGAUCCGGAUCGAAUGCAACCGGAGCAGCGGGCUCACAGAAAUCCGACAUGCAGGAUCAGGGUAAUCGCAGCAAGGCGGAUGCCUUAUCAUCGUCCACCAAACGACGCGGUUUUAGCGGGCGCAACUGGCUGCCGCUGAUCAAUCGCAAGGCAUCGGACAAGCCGCCAAACAGCAAACCGCUGGUGAAGAAGCCGUCGGAGAAGAACCUGAGGACGCCCCAGAAGCACGCGGAGGAGCUCGCCGAGCAGCAGAACCAGCAGCCAGGUGGCAGUCCCGCCACCGCGGUGCCUUCGUCCCACUUCCCCAGCUCCGCCCAACAGCCGGGAGGCGCCGGGGACUACGAGCCCGAUGAGGAGGCCGGACUGGAGCUGCCGCCGCCCAUGAAACCCAUCCAGGAACCGCACCUGAUUGCCAACGGACCGCCCGCAUUUACCAAGGACGCCAAGGAGAACUCGGCCAAUUUGGCCAGCACCGGCAAAAUGGACGGCAAUCCACUAUCGGAAAUAGAAGAAAUUGUCAAGACGACAACGGAACAGCACGAGUCCAACUGUCGCGGCGACGGAAGCGGAGGAGCGGAGAAUGCCAGCACCAAUGGCCACGGACGCUCCCACGACAACGACGAGGAGAGCCACUCUGCUCUCUCAGACAAAGCGGAAGCUCUCAGGAAGCGGCAGUGCGUUUUAGCGGAGCUGGUUUCCACGGAGGAAUCGUAUGUGCAGGAUCUCCACAUGAUUGUCAAUGGAUAUAUGACAGAGAUCAACAAUGCGAACAGUGAUAUACCAAUGCCGGAGGAUUUGAAGGGUGGCAAAAUGAGGUUGAUCUUCAACAACAUCAAGGACAUCUACGAGUGGCACAGGGACUACUUUUUGAGGGCCCUGCGCAACUGCCAAAAGUCCCCAGCGGAUCUAGGUCCACUCAUCAAGCGCUCAGCCACCAAGUUUGCUCUGUACUACACCUAUUGCAGCAACAAACCGCUGUCCGAAUAUAUUGUCGGCGUCCACUGUCAGUACUUCGAUUGCAUUCGCCAGAAGCUGGGACAUCGCCUGGAUCUGAGCAAUUUGAUCAUCAAGCCUGUGCAGAGAAUCACCAAAUACGAGCUGCUGAUCAAGGAGAUCAUCAAGUACACCGAGGGAGCCGGGCUCUACAAGGAGGUGCCCAUGCUGCAGGAGGCCUACCAGCAGAUGAAGGUGGUAGUCAACGCGGUCAACGAAAUGAUGGUGGUGCUGCGCAGCCUGAAAGACUUCGAUGGGGAGCUCAGCGCCCAAGGCAGCCUGCUGAUGCAGGGCCCCAUGAGCUGCCUAGUGGAUGCGGCACAGAAGCAGCGAGAGCUGCAAGUGUUCCUCUUCCAGCAGAUCAUCAUCUUCGCUGAUGUGGAGAAGGCGAAGGGUCAGUAUACCGACCCGGUAUUCAAGUACCGAUCGCACAUUCAGCUCAAUCACAUGCAACUGAAGGAACUGGGCGACUAUCGCUUUCAAAUCAGGUCGACGGACCCCAAGAUUCCGGAAAUGACGAUUGUCUGCCAGGCGACGUCGCAGGAGAACUAUUCGGGAUGGAUCGAUAUGCUGAACAAGAUCCUGCAGCAGCAGAACGACCUGAUCUGGAUGCUCUCCAAUCCCCUGCAAACCAAAAACAAGUGAACGCCUUUCGGGGAAGAAUUCCAAAUGAAUUAGCAACAAAGCUUGACAGCAAGCGAGAACAACAAACAAACGAAAGUAUGAGAAAAUGAUAUUGUAAUGUGUUUUGGGCAAAGGGUUUUCCGCCACCCAAGUGAGCAUUCGCCUCGCACUUCUUUUCCCGUCUGUGCGUCUGUUUACUGAUCGUUCUGCUCACACCCAGACACACACGCAUACUCACUCCUAAUUUGUAUGGAACAUGUAAAUGUAAUUUAUUUAUUCGUUAUCAUCUGAGUUUCCGUUCAGGCUACCUUUAGUUUCUAGUUUGAGCCGCCUUUCUGUUCUGUAUACUGUAUUAUUCUGUUUCGUUUCCGGAUUUGUGUAUAUGAAACGCAAAGUAUUAUAUGCUCAAGAUUACCUUUGACAAUGUGUGCAUUUUUAACUUAAUUAGACAGUUUUCUCUUAGUUUUACUUUUCCACAUCUGAUUUCUUAGCGAACGGCAGCCGAAAACUACUCAGAAUCAAAAGCAAUUUACAUUUUCGUUUCGUAUUUGUAUUCGCAUUAAACAAAGUAAGAGUAUAACUAUUCUAGCCUUAGUUCGGUACCUAGUUUUAGUUUAACCUUAAAGUGUUAAUCAUAGUUUAAACUUAUAGUACUUGAUUUGCUUUGGAUAACGAAAGCAGAGAUUCGUUUUACGGCACUAAUUCGAGUGCGACAACUUCGUGAAAUAAUUUAAGCCUAAUUUAGUUUACGAAUGCAAUGCAAAGCGUAUUUGUACUUUAUGUUUUACAAAUAAAAUAUGUAAGCUUUAAACGUAAUCAAAAACAGAACCGAUAAGUUUUUAAUUAUUAUAAUUUUAAAUUAUGCCCAAAAUAAAACAAAAGCCUGCUCAGUUGUAA